CUAUAUUAACAUGGAUGUAAAUCUGUCAUUUUGAUAAUUAUAUGAUUAAGGUUAUAGACAACGAAUUGUCUAAUUAUUAUAAUAUUAUUUAAACUUUAUCAAGCAUGAUUGUUUGAUGAAAUUUAAAUAUAAACGUAUGGAUAAAAUUUUGCAAUGCAAAAGUUUAAUCUUGAAAUUCUAAAUUGGUGACGUUAUGGAGUUAAAAGUAUGGGUAGAAGGAAUACAACGUAUUGUAUGUGGUGUUACAGAAACUACUACAUGUCAGGAUGUAGUAUAUGCUCUAGCCCAUGCAACAGGACAAACAGGUAGAUUCACUUUAGUAGAAAGAUGGAGAACAAAUGAACGUCUCUUAGCUCCAUAUGAAAAUCCUUUAAAGAUUUUAGUGAAAUGGGGAGAAUAUUCUUCAGAGGUUCAGUUAAUAUUAAGACGUUCUACUCCGGAAAAUAAUAAGGCUUCUAGCUCAUUAGGAACUCGUUUAAACCAUGGUACACGUUCAAAUGGUAUAAUGAGUCCUACUACAGAACAUAUUACAACUAAUAAUGGACAAGAUGAUACCAAGAAUACUGUAAUUCCAAAUUCUGAAUUUGAUGACUUACAAGGAUGCCUUGACAGAAAUCGUGAUAUCAGAAAAUCAUUAACAUUUGGAGGAUUACAUGGACAUGUUAUGGAAAAUAAUACAGAAAUUCAAAUGGAAAAUGUUGCCAUAGUUCAACCUACAUUGCAUUUAAAAAAUAAGGAAUUAAAUAUAAAAAAAAAUAUACAAAAACCAGCUCAGUCGCCUACCCAUGCUACUAGCAGUGAAAGUAACACACAUUUAUCACAAAAGAAAGUGCGUGAAGUUCCCCCAUAUAGAGAUCCUCCAGGUCCAGCUUCACCACCUUUAAGAACUUUACCUCCAUACAGAGAUCCUCCACCACCUAAUUUAAAUAGUCCUGGAAGAUCACAUUUUCAAUCUAGUACAAAUAUUGGAAGUCCUCAUGUUCAUAAAGAAGAUCAACCAUCUUCCAGUAAUUCUGUCAAACUAAAGAGAAAUCUUAUUCAGGAAUUUCAAGAAACAAAAGGACAAACUCAAUCUGUAAAUCAAUUAUCUGGUCAAACUCAAAAUAUGGUUACUGUUGCUUACACUCAACGCUAUGUUGAACUUAUAAGACUAGUCAAUAAACAACGUGAUACUAUUAAUGCUCAACAAGCAGAUCUUACUAAAUUUGAUGCUGAAAUAUUAUAUUGGGAAACUAAAAAUAGAGAACAGAUGCAUCAGAUAGAUUUUAUUUCUCAAGAAGUAAAUCGUAUGGAAACUACGGGACGUCUUAUUGAAGAACAGUUAAAAGAAUUAGCACAUGUUGAGGAAGAAAGUGAAAUAGUUAGACAACAAGAAAAAACAUUAAAAUCAGAAAUUACAUUACUAAGAUCAAAACUGGCAAAUUGUGAAACAGAAUUACUUCAAUGUAAAAACAAAAUCAGAUUAGUUAUGGAAGAACUUGCUAUAGAACAACACAAUAUAAGUCGUGAAACAGAUGAAAGACAAAUAAUGGAACGUAAAAUCAUUACCGAAGUUGAACAUCUUCAAAAUGAAGUAGAACAAGCUAAACGUUCCGCUGAGUUAGCUUCACAAUGUGCAGAAACAUUAAAGCUUGAAGUAGUAAGUUUAGAAUCUGCAAUUGUUGAGAAAAAAUUACAAGUAGAACGAUUAGUAGCGGAUAUGAAAGAAGCUAAUUUACAAAGUCUUGCUGUUGCUUGUCAAGAUGAACAAGUAAAAUCAUUAUUUGAAGGUGCCCACAAACCCGGCAGUACACGUAAAAUGAUAGGUUCACCAAGGCAAUUGGAGACUGCAGUACCUACAAGCAAGAAUCCACAUGGUGUUUGGGUAUAAACAUGUGUUAUUCGAUAUACUUUGCGAUAUCGAUUAUAAUACUUUUUAUUUUUAAUAUAGUAAGCAAUUAAACAUUUCAUGUAGAAUUAUAUGUGCAAUUUGCACAUCAAGUAGAAAUUUACAACGUAAGUCAGAUCUUUUACUUUUGUAUUACAUGUAUACAUUAAUUGUUUUAUUCACUGGCCAUAUAAUUUUCAACAAACUUAACUAUAAGUUUAAUUAAUAAUUUAAAUAUUAUUUGUAUAUAUUUAGCACGAAAAAGAAUUGGACAAUACAUUUAUCCAAAGUAUUACAAUUAUAAAUCAUGCAAUUCAUAUAUUACUUGCAUGUUUUUAAGAAAAUGUAUUUGUAAUUUAAGAAAAUGUAUUUAGAAAUUGUUACAAAUUUCACGAAAUUAUUACUUGAGAUAAGAUUAUAUAUUUUCUAUAUUAUCAAAAUAAUUCUGUGAAUUAAGUGCAUUUACAUGCACUACAUACUUAAAAUAUUAACAUAAUAUAUAUGUAUUGUGUAUCUUGUACAUAUCGUUGAAAAUAUGUGAUAAUGAAGUCUGAAAAAUUCUAUUCUAUCUUCUAUUAGUUUACAUUAACUUUAUUUCUAAAUAUUUAAAAAUCUAUUUUUUUUUUUUAAAUUUCAAUCCAAAAUCAAAUUCAUUGUAUUUUGUUUAACAAAUUUAAUUUUAUAUAAAAUUUGUUUAACUUGCAUUUAUUUUAUAUUUAAGUUUGCUUUGAUUUAUAUCAUAAUAAUUUUCGUUAUUUUAUGUUUAUUGUUAAUGCAUAUUCAUUAAAAUAACAUUUUCACACUGCCAUUAUUAGUAAUUAUCUUUUAAAUAUAAUGAAUAAGUAUAUAGCAUAUUAUAUUUCAUAUGUAAUUUCAUUUUUAUAAAAACUAAUCUUGUAAUUUUAUUGUCGAUAAUAUUGAUUUUUUUUUUUAUAAUGUUUACCAAAGUGUGUUAAUUUUUUAUUAAGAAUAAACAUAUAUUGUACAAUAAAAUAUAAAAGUUAUUAAAAAUUAAAAUUAAAAUAAAUUAAAAUUAAAAUAUGAAAUAUAUUUAUUUAUUUAAUUGAUUAUAUAUAUAUUUUACAAAUAUAAAUAUAAAUAUAUAUUUAUAAAAUUUUUGAAAAUAUAAUAUAAAUAUAUUAAAAAAUAUUUUUAUAUCAUGAAUAAUAUAUAUCCUUCUAAAUAAGAUCGAAAUCAAAUUUUAUAAAAUGAUUAUGAGAUCUAUUAAAUACCUUAUCUAUGAUUGAUGUGAUUAUAAUUUCGCGCGUUUUUGAAUUCGAUACCUUAGAAAACGAUAAAUACUAGUAAUACUUUUAAAUUACAUAUAACUGUAAAUAUAUAGAUAAAUAAAAGAAAACAUUAUUAAAUAAGUUCAAUAUUUGAAGUAUGAUUAUAAUUUAUUAUAAUAUGAUAUUUAAAUAAUUUAAAUAAUUUAUUAAAUUAUAAAUUUAAUAAAGAUUUAAAUAAUAUUUAUUUUAUGCAUUUUUCAAGCAAAUAUGAGUCUUUGGGUGGAUAAAUAUCGUCCAACAACACUCGGAAAGUUGGAUUAUCAUAAAGAACAAGCAAAUUAUUUAAAAAACAUGGUA